GUCAAAUUUGUUUUUUUAUCCUUUUUAAUAACUUUAUUAUCAAAAUGGCUCCCAUCGGUACUGUCAAGUCCUAUCCUCAAAACACUCGUGUUGCCAAGGCUCAAAUCACUGCUGAAUUAAGUGGUGUCGAGUUCAAGGUUGAAGAAUUCAACAUUCAAACCGAUAAGAACGCCGAGUUCUUGAACAAGUUCCCCUUGGGUAAGAUCCCUGUUCUUGAGUCCAACGAAGUCAACCUUUUCGAGUCCUCUGCUAUUGCUUUCUACGCUGCUGCUCAAAAGGAGAACAACCCUCUUUUGGGUUCCACUCCUGCUCAAAAGGCUGAAAUCAUGCAAUGGUUGCUCUUCUCCGAGAACGAGAUCAACACCAACCUCGGUGGCUGGAUCUAUCCUUUGAUGGGUUAUGUUACCUACAUGAAGCCUAACGUUGAUGCCGCUACCGAAAAGGUCAAGAGAGCUCUUGGUGCCCUUAACACCAUCCUCAAGUCCAAGACUUACCUCGUUGGUGAGGCUGUCACUUUUGCUGAUAUCGCUGUCGUCACUGCUCUUGCUCUUGGUUUCAAGACCGUCUUCGAUAAGGCCUUCCGUGCCGAGUUCAAGAACGUCACCCGUUACUUCACUACCGUUGCCAACAAGGCCGUCUUCAAGAAGUACCUCGGUGAAGUCGAACUCUGUGAGACUCCCCUCAAGUACGUUGCCCCCAAGAAGGAGAAGAAGGCUGCUGCCCCCGCUGCCGCUGCUGCUCCCAAGAAGGAAAAGAAGGAAGCUGCCCCCAAGGCUGCUGAUGAGGAAGAGGCUAAGCCUGCUCCCAAGCCCAAGUCCAAGUUGGAUUUGUUGCCUCCUUCUCCCUUCAUCUUGGAUGCCUGGAAGCGUGAGUACUCCAACAACGACACCAAGGAUGCCAUCAAGUGGUUCUGGGAACACUUUGACCCCGAGGGUUACUCCAUCUGGAAGGUUGACUACAAGUACAACGAUGAACUUACCUUGACCUUCAUGUCCAACAACUUGAUUGGUGGUUUCUAUGCUCGUCUUGAACGUGCUCACAAGUACGCUUUCGGUUCCAUGAUUGUCCGUGGUGAGAACAACAACAACACCAUCUCUGGUUACUUUGUUGUCCGUGGUCAAGAAGUUCCUUAUGAAAUCUAUGAUGCUGCUGAUUAUGGAUCUUACAACUUCCAAAAGAUUGAACCUUCUCAAUACGAAGAAAAGAAGGAUGAGAUCUUCAAGUACUUUGCUUGGGACUUUGAGGAUUGUGUCGAUGGUAAGGUCUUCAAGUAAAUUACUUAAAUCCUUUCUUUCCCUUUCUCUUAUAUAUAAAAAAUGAUUUAAAUAUUAUUUGUUUUUAAAAUAAAAUUGAACAAAACAAAAAAAAAUU